AUGGAGCAUGUUAUGAGUGGACAUUGCACUGGUGUGCAAACUCAAGUAAGAGCAUUUGCUCCAAAUGCUGUGUACAUUCAUUGCCACGCACAUAUUUUGAAUCUAGUUCUAGUUGAUUCAGUUAUGUCAGUACAGUCAGCAUCUGAGUUCUUUGUGCUACUAGAAGCACUAUAUGUUUUUAUAUCAACAUCAAAGGUUCAUGUGAUAGUCACUGAGAAGCAGAAGCAUCUUCAUCCUGGCAAACAACCACUUAAGCUACAUAGGUUAAGUGAUACUCGAUGGGUGUGUCGCUAUGCUGCUGUAAAUGCUGCGUCUUGUACUUUUGAUUCUAUUUUGCUCACAGUUGAGGAAGUUGCUGAAUCACAAGAUGCCAGCAAAGCCAUAGAGGCACAAGGUUUAUACCACCAACUACAUUCAUUCUCCUUUCUCAUCUCUUCAAUUACAUUCGAUCGCAUCCUGACAUGUACAAAACAGCUCUCAGACAAACUACAAUGUUCCAGUAUUAAUCUCUCUUUAGCCUCAGAGCUUGCUUUAGCAACCAAGUCACUAUUAACAGAAUAUCGUACAACUAAAUACUUGAAUAAGCUGUACGAAUAUGCAGUAGAGGUUGCCAAACUGCAUGACAUCAUCAUAAACUCCCACAGUCAAAGGGGGACUUUAGGAAGAAGAAAGCGACCUAGUCGACUUGAGGAGUGUGUAGUUCUUAAAACUGUUGGAUCCUGUGAUUCUGUGUCAACAAGUGAAGACAUGAGAUGUCACUUUUACUUCCCUAUUCUUAACAAGUUCCUAGCUGAGUUAAGCAAUUGGUUUGAUGAGAAGAAUGUAGAUAUAAUUGAUGGUGUGUCAUCUUGUACACCAACCUCUUCCAUUUUUUUAUCUUUCAAUUACCUGAAGGCCUUUGCAAGAGUAUGGCAUUGGAACAGAUACUCUAGAAGUGGAAUGUCGGCUUCUAAAAAUACACUUUUCUAA